ACGAUAUAUUUAAGCAUGGGAAACGUUUUCUCUUAUGUUUUAAAUCGUCUCCUUGGCAAGGAGGAUGUGAGAAUUUUAAUGGUGGGCCUGGAUAAUGCGGGGAAGACGACCAUCUUGUAUAGGUUGAAACUUGAAGAGAUCGUAUCCACUGUCCCUACUUUAGGCUUUAACGUGGAAACUGUUACUUACAAGAAUAUAUCCUUUACAGUUUGGGACAUUGGAGGGCAAGACAAGAUAAGAAGCCUUUGGAGAGUUUACUUUCAAGGUACACAAGGCUUGAUAUUUGUGGUGGAUAGCGCUGACAGGGAGCGAAUCGAAGAAGCCAAAACUGAAUUGCACAAGCUUUUGGGCGAAGAACAACUAGCAAAUGUCGUACUUCUAGUCUUAGCAAAUAAACAGGACAUGCCUGAUGCUAUGGCUGCUUCUGAUGUUCGUGAAAUGCUUGGUUUAGGAAGCAUGCGAGAAAGGCCUUGGUUUGUGCAGUCCUCUUGCGCUGUGAAAGGCGAAGGUUUAUAUGAAGGACUCGAUUGGCUAGCAUCGCAGAUCAGAGCAAGAAAAAGCUGGAUUUGAGCUGAAUUGACUGUAUAAACUGCAUAAGUGUACAUCAUUUGGUUCAGUAAACUACAAGUUGUACAAAAGACAGGUGUUUCGCCCAACAAGACGGAACUGCAGAGUCUUGAAAAAGUACAAUGAGGUUUAGUGUUAGCAGGUGUUAAUAGUGCAUACUCUUGUCUCAAAGACAAUAGCAUUUUUUUCCUUUUUUGAUUUCGAAUGCAAGGUAAAAAUAGAGAGUCAGACAGAAGCUUUUGACCUUAGGUUAGUCUUAAAAUACCAACACAUUAUAAGGUCUUAAGUUUUAGGGUAAGAAAAUAUGAGUUCAGGUUAGGGGGCAUAUAUUUGGAACUACUAAACAGAAAAUAAACAUUUACUUUCAAUAAUA